GCAGGAACUCACCCACGGAAGCUGACACGGACACCUGAAUGCAUCUUUGCGUGGGAGCAAGUGUGAGAGAUGACUGAGGUGAGUGGACACACACAGCAGCAGCAGCAGCGAGCAGGGACGCCCCAACACAUGCUGCCUGGACUUCUACCAAGGACUUUACUCCCGAAGAUGGACUAACCUUUGGGGACAAAAGCACAUUGGGAUUUACCACAUUUUGGGAUUUCUAAAGAGUUGGAGGAAGUCAUGGAAGAGUGAGAUGUCUUCACUGAAGCGCUGAGCGGUGGUGACCCAGCAUGUAGCGGAGGAACAAGUCCCUUCACGCCUGCCAAGAAUCUGACCACAUCAUGGGAAACUCAUAUGCCGGGCAGCUGAAGUCGACUCGAUUCGAAGAGGCUCUCCACAACUCUAUCGAGGCGUCUCUGCGCUCCAGCAGCGGCGAUCCACAGCCCAUCUUUACGCAGCUCUACCUGAAGCCGGAGCCGUAUCCCGGCAACAUGGAGGAUGUGAAGCCAAAAGAUGACCUCCACGGUGGCGAGCUGCCCGGCCAUGAACUCCUGAACAGCCACUCCUCCAAUGACCUAGAGGAGCCGGAGGAGGAGGACGAGGACAGCAACAGCCCCCCGCUUCCCUACCUGCAGGCCCCCGCACCAGACGGCUGCUGUACGCUAGAUGGGUUCUGCCAGGCUGGCAAGGAUCUCCGUCUGGUCUCCCUGGCAACGGAGCCUAUUGAUGUGCCAACGGGCUUCGAGCUGGUCGGCGCCAAGUCCCCCAGCGUCCCCGAGCACAUUCUGGUGUGUGCCGUGGACCGCCGCUUUUUGCCGGACGAGAACGGGAAAAAUGCACUUUUAGGUUUUUCAGGGAACUGCGUGGGCUGUGGUGAGAAGGGCUUCAGGUACUUCACGGAGUUCUCCAACCACAUCAACCUCAAGUUGUCCACGCAGCCCAAGAAGCAGAAGCACUUAAAGUAUCACCUGUUGAAGAACUCUCAGGGUGCUCUGUGCAAAGGACCCCUCAUCUGCUGGAAAGAUUGUAAAACACGUCAGUUCUCCAGCUGUGCAUCAACGUCAAAACCCAGCUCAUCCUCCUCAGUCAGUAGCAAAGAAAACGGAGGAACCAGCGGAAACGGUUCAUCUCCCUUUUCUCUGUCUGAUUCUCCACCUACCAGAAUGACGCCAGCCUCUUCUGUCUUUUUCGGCAGUCAGGACCUGAGCAGAGAGUGCAGUUUCAUCAAGCCUCUGGCCUCCACGCCUGGAAACAAGACACUACCAAUAGUUCCCACAGCGCUGAGGGUAAACGGGCCGACCAAUUGCCUGAGUGUUGAUGGGCAUCCUCCCCUGCUCAGCCCCUCCCAGGUCACCUUAGGGCCUCAGAGUCAAGGGUAUCGAACAGCCGACUUGGGAGACAGUCCAGUGUCCUCCGCCAUGAACUCUGGCCCUCCCAAAAAGCGGCAUCGAAGCUGGCAUCCCAGCUCCAUCGUCCCAGUCCCUCUCACAGCCGUCCCUGUUCCAGCAAUCCGGCCGGUUGCUUGCUCUCCAGGCUCUGUAUUAGGGGGCCCAUCUCCUCAGUCACCGGGGCCGGGUGUCAUCCAACCGCAGCCUGUCAGCGCUGGAGGGACGGUAAUCGUACCGGACAACCUACUCAACUGUGCGGGAGUUCGCCCUGUCAUCCUCAUUGGGCACGGCAUUUUACCUUAUUUCUAUGGCAAUGUUGGGGAUUUGGUAGUGAGCCCGCUGCUGGUGGGUUGCUACAAGAACAACCAGUUGACAGAGAAAACCUUGGAGACAUUGGGCCUCAGCAGCAGCCAACUGCUGAGCGUGGAAACCAUGAUUCUGCUCACGUUACAGUAUCUGGCACGUCUAGGCCCAGAGCAGAUUCCCCUAAGGGAGGAGCUGGAGCAAAUAGUUUUGAAGGCCAUGCUCUGUUGCCCCUGCGGUCCUGCCAUCUCCCCGUCCCAGCUGCCCUGGUUGGCUCGGCUGGAGGCCAGCGUCUCUGGGGGCACUGUACAGGUGGUUGUUACCCAUAAUUCCCUAGGGGAGGGAAUUUGCGAGUCACUGCGCACCCUCAGCGAAGGUCCCCACCAGCAGCAGUCGCUGCCCACUUACGUGGUCAUCAUAUGUGCCUCCAAAAUGAAUGGAAACGAGUUCUGCAUGCUGGUCUUAGGAAAGUACCAAGCACGGGCUUUGGCGGAGGGCAUGCUGACUACCAACGAGUUCCUGAAGGAAAUCAGCUACGAGCUCAUCACAGGAAAAGUCAGUGUGUUGGCAUCUCACUUCAAAACCACCUCGCUAGGGGACAAUCUGGACAAGCAGCUGGUGCGGUAUCAGCGGCGACGGAAAGGCCAGGUCAUCCAGCCCUUCCAGGGCGAUGUCACUGACCACAUUCAUUCGCAGGAGUCUGCCAGCAUGUCACCACCUACAGACAGAGAGCUGCUCAGUAAGGUCUUCCAGAUUUUUCCGACCCAGCUGAGCGUGGCUCGCCGCCUCCUCUCUCAGGUCUGCUCCAUCGCUGACUCAGGCAGCCAGAACCUUGACUUGGGGCGCUUUUGUAAAGUGGACUUUCUGGUUUUAGUCCCGCCCUCUCACAUUCUGGUAAACCAGACAGCACAGCGCAUCCGACAAUCAGGUGUCCUCUUGGAUUUAGGAAUGGAGGAAUCCUGCUUGGCUCAGCAGAAAUGUGACAAAUAUGUAGUGCGACUGGACACCGACGUGCAUGUUAAGAUGGAGGCCUUCAUGAGGAAAGUCAAACAGAACCCAUACACGCUGUUUGUCCUCAUCCACGACAACUCGCAUGUUGACCUCACAAGCGCUCUGUCGGGCUCCGUGUGCCACGGCGAGCUGCAGGGUCUGGCCGACCGAGUGGUCAACUGCCAGGAGGUCCUGGAUGCGGUGAACCUGCUGGUCCUACAGGUCAGCUGCUUCCCGUACACGCUGCAGACACACCAGUCACGCAUCAGCGUCUACAACGAGGUGCACUGGCCCUCCAAUGAAAGCCUGCAGGUGGCGGCCCCUUGUGGUGAAUUGAUCUACUUCGGCCUGGGGGACUAUAGCAGAUCCCUGCAGUGGGGCGUGGCCAGCCCCAUCCUGCGCUGUGACGAUGCCUUCGAAAAGAUGGUCCACACCCUGCUGCAAAGACACCCACACUUGCACAGCAUGGUGAUCCGCAGCUACCUGCUCAUUCAGCAGUACACCGAGGCCAUGAUGGCGCUCACCUCUUCACCAUCCCUGAGAGACCACAUCACGCCAGAGACACUGGCCAUGGUGGAGGACCUGAUCAAUGCCCCGGGCAGGGAGGGCUCCCAAGGGCGGGGCCACAUGUUGCUGGUUCGUGUGCCCUCGCUGCAGCUGGCCAUGCUGGCCCGGGAGCGGCUGGAGGAUGUGCGGGACAAGCUGGGCCUCCAGCUGUGCUUUGCCGUGCUGCUGGGAAGCCCAGCCUCCGAACUCAACCUGCCCAGGAACUUCACCAAUCGCCUGCGAGUAUGGCGUGGCUGUGAGAAUGAAGACUGGGUGCCGCUAACGUACGAGGAUCUGGAGGGUCUGCCUUGUAUCGUCAUCCUCACGGGGAAAGACCCUCUUGGAGAGACCUUCCCCAGGUCUCUGAAGUACAGCGACCUUCGUCUAAUCGACUCCAGCUACUUGACGCGUACGGCACUAGAACAGGAGGUGGGCCUGGCCUGCACCUACGUUUCCAUGGGGGUGGUUCAGGAGCCCAAAAAGAUGACAGGCCCUCGGGAGUCCGAUGGGGAUAAAGCCACCACCAGCAUGAAUGACGGAGAGGAGCUGGAGCGACCUCAGAGCAAUGGCAGCGCAGCAACGAGGACCUCUGGCUCUUUGGUAGAGAACGGUGUCAGUUCAUCAGACGCCGCAGAUACCCUGCAUAAGCCCUCCACGUCUACCUGUCCACCAGAGGGUGUCAACACAUCCACUUUCAAGCAGGAGUGUGACUCCAUGGGAAGCCAGCUCUCCUCCAACCCUCCCAAAUCAUCCAAUGCCCCUGCGUCCCUUUACUCCAGCUCCUCCUCCUCGUCCCCAUCCCCGUCCUCUUCCUCCACCCAGCGGCCCAGCCAGUCCUCGCAGUGCAGCCACCACCCAAAACCUGUUUCUCCAAGGACCGUCAUAAUGUCGCGAGCAGCAUAUAACUUGUUGGCGGGCGACUCGGGGAGCCAGCUGUCCUCCUUCUCACUGCUGCCCCACGCCGACGUGGCUUGGAGCAGCCCCUUAAGGCCCCCCAUCACACAGAGCCUACAGAGUGAGGAGCAGAGCACCUACUACCGACAGUGGACCGUCGCCAGGCAGCAACACGCCGAUUACGAAGCUCCACCUGUUCCGCAUCCUCGACGCCUUCUGCUCAGUGGACCCCCACAGGUGGGAAAAACUGGUGCCUACCUCCAGUUUCUACGUAUCCUGUUUCGGAUGCUCAUCAGACUGUUGGAGGUGGAUGUGUGUGAUGAGGAGGAAGAGGAGGAGGAGGUUGAAGAGACACCUGAGGUCGCAAUACCUAUAAGCACCCAGUGGCCUGACAUCGAAGACAUCCACAAGAUGGUCUUUGACCCCAACCCCCGAGACUCCAAGUUCAAGAAGGCCAGCCCAGUCCACUCUGACAAGAUGCCAAAGCUGAAAGCGAGAGAAAGAAAGAAGGAGAAAGAAGAAGAAAGGAGCCAAAUGGAAGACAAACCGGAGACCAAGUCGAUACGCCUCACUCGAUACGCCGCGCACAACGCCUUUCAUCACUGUGAGCAGUGUCACCACUACUGUGAGGCCAGCCCUGCCACACAGCUGUCCGAGUGCACCUUCCACACGUUCACCUUCUGUUCGUCCAUGUUGGGGGAGGAGGUCCAGCUCCAGUUUGUCAUUCCCAAAGACAAGGAGCAGCACUUUGUCUUCAGUCAACAGGGGAGCCACCUGGAAAGCAUGCGUCUGCCUCUGGUCUCCACCAAGGACCCUGAUCUUUUGAAGAGCCCCAUCUUCACGCCGACGACGGGGCGCCAAGAGCACGGCCUGCUCAAUAUUUAUCAUGCCAUGGAGGGUGCCGCUCACUUGCACAUCCUGGUGGUCAAGCACUUUGAGAUGCCCCACUACAGGAAGUACUGGGCCAACCAUAUCCUGCUCGUCCUGCCCGCUAUGUUCAACAACUCGGGAGUUGGGGCUGCUCGCUUCAUGAUCAAGGAGCUGUCUUACCAUAACCUAGAGCUGGAGAGGAACCGCUGGGAGGAGCAAGGGGUCAAGAGGCAAGAUGUUUGGCCUUUUAUCGUCAUGUUGGAUGACUCGUGCGUGCUGUUUAACGCCCAGAAGCCAGCGGAGGGCAGCAGCGGGUCUGACGGGGAUUCCACGCUCACCAACGUGUCUCUAAAAAUGGUCCUGCAGCACAUGGAGACAACGCCCAAGAUCGUCCUUUACGCUAUGUGCGGCACCCGUAAGUGGAGCAGCGCCCUGGCUCGCAAGACCCCCCGACAGCCUUUCAGUCGGUGCCACCUGCAUGACUUUGUCCUGCUCAAUGUGGACCUGACCCAGAAUGUCCAGUAUGACCUCAACCGGUAUAGUUGCGAGGAGGUGGACUUCAAUCUUCGGGUAAACAGCACCGGGCUCCUGCUGUGCUGUUUCAACAGGUUCAGCUUGAUGAAGAAGAACAUUCCAGUUGGGGGGAACCAAGACUUCAUGGUCAAACCUAAACUCAUGGAAAUAGAAAACCCCACCCUAAUAAGCCCCUCCCAGUAUGUCUGUGCCCCUGAUAGCGAGCAGACCCUGCUGGAUGCCCCUGCCCAGUUCCUGCUGGAGAAGUUUCUACAGAGCUGCAGCCACAAACUGUUCCCCAAAGCUAUUCAGAACCCAAACAACCCAGUUCUGUCCAUCGACAGCUACCUCAACAUCAGCCCGGAGAUCUCCGUGUGCUACAUCAACUCCCGCCCACACUCCACCAACCUCAACCAUCAGGGCCAGGUGUUCAGCGGCUUGCUGCUGUACCUCUGCGACUCAUUCGUCGUCUCCGGGCUCCUCAAGAAAUUCCGAUUCCUCAAAGGUGCCACCCUGUGCGUCAUCUGCCAGGACCGGAGCUCACUGCGUCAGACCAUCGUCAGGCUGGAGCUGGAGGACGAGUGGCAGUUCCGCCUGCGGGACGAGUUUCAGACGGCCAACUGCAGCGAGGACCGACCCCUCUACUUUCUGACUGGCCGCCAUGUUUGAAAAGACAAAUGUCCCAUUCCACACCAAACCAGCAAUUCUUGCCAUUCCAGAGGAAGGUCAAAGGUGGUCCCACUCACGCUUAUGGCUCCGCUUUUUAAGUUUGUCUUAAUGUGAGUAUUUGAUAAGAUUGUAAGUGGACUUUAACCACAGUAUGUCCCACACUGGACAUACGUGUUUAUCUCAGGGUUUUAAUGUGGACUUACAGAGAAGGCCAAAAAAUUGUUUUUAUGCGUUUACUUGCUUUACUUGCGUUUACUUUUCUUGGCACCAAAGACUGCACCUUUUGCUCGUCCCCCCCAUCAUGCCUUCACGGCCUAACAACUCCAGUUUCAUGUCACUGCCUAGUCGGAAUACAACCAUACACGCUACAUGUGAGGUGCACAACAUAGUGGUGACCUAAUGAAGCGUCCAGCCACCAUUCUCAUUGAAGUUCGAGUUACACAAAUGUUCUGACACACGUUUAGCCUAAGCCCGUGUCCACCUAAAUGUCCCUGCCCCUUGCGGCCCAGCCUGGUAAUGACGGCGGUAACUAGCAAACAAAGAAAACACACUGAAUGUUUUUUGUACACAGGAUUUCUAAAGAAUUUGCCUUACAUGACAUAUCAUGCAUUAUGAGGGACCAAUAACAAGCGACUGAGGCAUGAAAGCAAAGGAAAUAACCAAGAAGCGAGAUAAUUGGGCUACUGUACUGUUUAAAGCAUUGUUUACAUUAUUAUUAAUAUAUUCUAUCAUCCCUUUUCACCGAAGAGAGGGUUACUGAUGUUGUUUUGUGCAACUUUAACCAGUAUAUUUUGGUGUCUUUUUCUGCAAAGGCGAGAAUAAUCUACCUAGAUGUGUCCUUAACCAUGUGUCUCUAUCGCCCUCUAGCGCUCUGGAGGGCCCCUCUUAUUUAUUUCAUUAUUUUUGGACUGAUAAUCAUUUAAAGAAAAGUAUAUUGAUAUUUGAUUGCAUGCUGAGCUCGCUGACACCGAAGGAGUGCGUCCUCUCGCUGAAGGCUUUGCACACGGACCCCCAAAAAACAAAACCAAUGAUUGUUGAAUCUACUGAAUGUCACUGAGGCGGAGGAAGAGUGAACUUGCACUAAACAAGUUGCCGAAGCAAAUGGAAACCAAUCAAUUCAGCAACCCCCCGAAAACGAGACUGAUGAUUGAAUAUCAGAUGGUUUCACAGAAGGUGGAAUAAUAUGCAACUUGCUCACACAAUCUUCACAGAAAUGUCUUUUAAAAAAGCAGCACAGUGGUAGCCUGUGUGCCUGAGUGAUCUACCUCAUGUUGACCAUUGUGCUUGCAGGCUGUGACGUCGCAUCAAAGCCAUGUCGUUGUUGUUGUUGUUACUGUUCUAACUUUAUGAAUGUAAUAAAAACAUGACUGAUGUUAACACUGUUUGUGUUCUUUUUUUUAAUGACGACUUGUCUUUAUUUACUUUUAUUGAACAUCAAAGCUAGCCUUAGUUUCUUUAAC